AUGCAUGGACUACAUGCCGCUCGUCGUCGACUUCUUCUCCUCCAUCGCCAGUACAUCGUCCCUACCCACAGCAAGUUGACCAAUAUCCGCCAUUUCACCAGCUCACACGAAAGCAAAACCCCGCAACAGCUUGAAAAAGGCUUCGAUCUAGCUACAGGAUUAUGGCACCGCUGUACUUCGCGUCUUUCGACGCUAUCAGAAUACCAAGAUAAAAAAAUCUUUAACGAUUCUCUUAGUCCUUUGGCUCAAUACUGGCUGUUUGUCCAGCUACAGCUGCCAAAAGAAACGCAGAUAAAUCUCCUGGAGUUUGUCGAAGGAGCAAGUGUUGCCGCGGAAGCGACACUUCGAGCCAUGAACUGUGACGCGUUCCCAAAGGUUCUGGCUAGUGAAGGGGAGAACAGCUUGUCCGAAGUAGAGGAUAAGAUAAAAAUGUAUACGACCCCCGCUCACUACAACAAAAUGGCGCUGCAAGUCAAGCGAAACUACUUGCAUCGCAACUUCUACAUUGAGUGUGAAGAUAUGAAGAUCGAGCGAGCACAAGUUGCGAACGCCGUGUACAGACGUCUGACAGAGAAAGAGUACCUAGACUUGGUGAAUUUCGGAAAACCUGUGAUGACGAUAUCUCCGGAAGCUUCCAUUGAACAUUUGAGCAUCAACGUGGACAUUGCAACUGUAGAAGACUUGAAGGUGGUGCACCUCAAAAACAAGCCUCGAUACGUUCAGCACCAAAAUGUUUACCGAGUGGUGUUAGAGUCGCGAGUGACGGAUCACGAUAAAGUUGACUGGCGGGUGGAGAAUAUGCACCUCAUUGAACAGGCGGUAGUGCCACGCACCACGACAGGUGGGUGA